AAGAAGGCAAAUUUGAGAUCCUUCUUCUUCACAUUAACUUGAGUGUCUCUCCUUCUUCUAUCAACAAUGGCGUCAAUGCCAUUGUACUGGCAACCACCACCAGCUACGGAGGUUCCACAACACUCAUCCUCCGUCUCCUCCGCCGGAAACUCCACCAUUGGUCCUUUUAUCGCCGUUUUUAUCGUCGUCACCGUUCUCUGCGUUCUCGCUAGUGUUAUUGGACGGCUUUGCUCCGGCAAAACCAUCUUAGGGUAUGGAGAUUACGAUAUGGAGAGAUGGGCUGAGAGUAGAUGCGGUUCUUGUAUCGACGGCCACAUCAUUCUUCACCGGCCGUCUCCGUCGCCUCCGCCUCCUCAGCCUUUGCACCACACUUCUUCCGGCGUCUCUGCUGAAUCUGAAGGACACGUGGCAGAUCUAGGUGAGACUGAUGGAGAGAAACAAGACUCUUUAGACCAUGAGCCUCCACCACAAACACCAUCAUCAGCUCAUUCUUGAUUAGUUUUUCUCUUUUGAUUCUUUUUUUUGUGUUGGUUAAAAGUUAGCCAAUGUAAUUGAAAAUUUCACGAGUUUGAUCCCAAAGCGGUCAAAGUUAUUGAAAAUGGCGCUCUAGAUUUUGUUUUUCUCUUUAUGCACUUUUUUAUCUUUUAGUAUUUGAUUUCUUUCAUGUAUUAGUGGUUUAUACCGAAGAUAAAAGAAAAUUCAGAGG